AUGGAUCAAACUUUUUAAGAGCUGGAAGUUCUAGCAGACAUCUUUUAUUAAAUUAAAGAUGUAGAUGAAAAUAUAUUUGGUGUCAUAUUAGAAAUAUUUCGAAAUGAAAUAGUUUAAGACUGGAUUGGAUUUCUUUCCGAUUAGAGAAAUCAAAAACAUUUAGAAUAAUAAAUCAUACAAGGAGUGAAUUUAAAUUAGGUUGAGAUUUAAUAGAAAUUUUCUGCUUUUAGAAAUGACAUCAAAAUAAUUAGUGAUGUCUUAAAACAAUUAAAAGGUCAUGACUUUAAUAACAAAGACUAUUCAAGUGAAGAAAAUUAUGAAUUUACAUUAAAUCUAAUUAAUAGCAUCAAAGAUGAUAGAUAGAUCAUAUAAUUUUUAUUGUUUUUAGUUCGCAUUACAUCUAUAGAUAACACUUUAAUAAAAUGUGGGUCUAAUUCAUUACAUAUAUUAGUUUAAAUGAAGGUUGAUACAAGAGAAAAAAAUUUUGAAAAUAUUAAGAUUUAAAAUACUUCUCUUGUAGGUGCUAAUUUUGUUCGAUGCAAUUUAAGUGGAUCUGAAUUUUAGAAUGUUAACAUUAGUGGAAUGAAUUUGAAUGGAGCAUUAUUAUUGAAUUGUAAAUGGAAAAACUUAAAAAUCAAUGAAUUAAAUAAAUUAAAUGGUCAGGCUUGCUCAGUCUGUUUUUCUCCUGAUGGAAAUAUUUUAGCUUCUGGUAGUUAUGACCAUUCUAUCCGCCUAUGGGACGUUAAGACAGGAUAAUAAAUAGCUAAAUUAGAUGGUCAUACUAGCAUUGUCUAUUCAGUGUGUUUCUCUCCUGAUGGAAAUAUGCUAGUAUCUGGUAGUCGUGAUAAGUCUAUUCUUUUAUGGGAUGUUAAAACUAAGAAAAUAAUAGCCAAAUUGGAUGGUCAUAGUAGUGAUGUAUAAGCCGUCUGUUUCUCAUGUGAUGGAAAAAAAUUAGCUUCUGGUAGUAGGGAUAAGUCUGUCCGUAUAUGGGAUAUCUCAAAAAGAUAAUUAAAAGUCAAAUUGAAUGGUCAUACUAGUUAUAUCUAAUCACUUUGUUUCUCUCCUGAUGGAAAUAUGUUAGUAUCUGGUAGUGGUGAUAAGUCUAUUCUUUUAUGGGAUGUUAAAACUAAGAAAAUAAUAGCCAAAUUGGACGGUCAUAUUAGUGAUGUAUAAACAGUCUGUUUCUCACCUGAUGGAAAUACAUUAGUAUCUGGAAGUCAGGAUAAGUCAAUUCGCCUCUGGGAUGUAAAGACAGGAGAAAAAAAGGCUAAAUUAGAUGGUCAUACUAGCAUUGUCUAUUCAGUAAGUUUCUCUCCUGAUGGAAAUACAAUAGCUUCUGGUAGUAAUGAUAAGUCUAUCCGUCUUUGGGACGUAAAGACAGGAUAAUAAAAAGCCAAAUUAGAUGGCCAUACUAGCGCUGUCUAUUCAGUAUGUUUCUCUCCAGAUGGAAAUACUUUAGCUUCUGGUAGUGAUGAUAGCUCUAUCCGUCUAUGGGAUGUAAAUACAGGGUAAUAAAAUGUCAAAUUAGAUGGUCAUACUAGCUCGGUCUAUUCCAUCUGUUUCUCUUCUGAUAGAAAUACAUUAGCUUCUGGAAGUUAGGAUAAGUCUAUCCGUCUUUGGGACGUAAAGACAGGAUAAUAAAAAGCCAAAUUAGAUGGCCAUACUAACGCUGUCUAUUCAGUAUGUUUCUCUCCUGAUGGAAAUACAUUAGCAUCUGGUAGUAAUGAUAAGUCUAUCCGUCUAUGGGACGUAAAGACAGAAUAAUAAAAAGCCAAAUUAGAUGGUCAUACUAGCGCUGUCUAUUCAGUCUGUUUCUCUUCUGAUGGAAAUACUUUAGCUUCUGGUAGUGAUGAUACCUCUAUCCGCCUAUGGGAUGUCAAAACAAGAUAAUAAAAAGCCAAAUUAAAAGGUCACACUUGCAUUGUCAAAUCAAUCUGUUUCUCUUCUGACGGAAAUAUAUUAGCUUCUGGUAGUAAUGAUAACUCUAUUCGUCUAUGGGAUGUAAAGACAGGAAAAUAAAAAGCCUAAUUAGAUGGUCAUAUCCAUUUAGUAAUUUCAGUUUGUUUCUCUCCUGAUGGGAAUACAUUAGCUUCUGGUGGUUAUCAUAAUUCCAUCCGUCUAUGGGACGUAAAGACAGGGUAAUAAAAAACCUAAUUGGAUAGUCGUACUAGCACUGCAUGGUCUGUUUGUUUCUCUCCUGAUGGAGAUACAUUGGCAUCUGGUAGUGAUGAAAAUUCUAUCCGUCUUUGGGAUGUAAAAACAGGAUUAUAAAAAGCCUAAUUAGAUGGUCAUACUAGCACUGUCUAUUCAGUCUGUUUCUCUUCUGAUGGAAAUACAUUAGCUUCUGGUAGUAAUGAUUACUCAAUUCGUCUAUGGGAUGUAAAGACAGGAAAAUAAAUUUAAGCCACAGAUACAAAUUAUAAAGAUAUUUUUCCAUAAAUUACAACCUCAUUAUAUAAAAAUAAUCACUUUUUGGGUAUUAAAUUUUUCAUUAUGAUUUAGUCUCUAAUUAUUCAAUUCUUGUUGUAUCUUAAUAAAUAAUAUUGGAAGCAUAAGGAGCGAAUAUCUUGUAAAGUGAAUUGAUAAAUUAUUAGAGGUAUGAUUUAAGACAAUUAUUUAAAUCUAAAGGAAGUCGAUUUUUGGAAAUUAUAUAGCAACAAUGA